UCCCUCCUGUCUGUCUGUCUGGGUCUCCCCCCUCCUCCUCCUCCUCCUCCUCCUCCUCCAUCCAGUGAAGGCACGGCCAGAUAUCACGGCGACAAAAGAGAGAGUGUGUGUGUUAGAGAGAGAGAGUGAAGGAGGCUGCAGACUUUCCGACCAGAGAGGAAGAGGAGAGGGAGGAAGAAGAGACAGAGAUAGAGGAGUCUCCAUCUUCGCCAUACCAAUCAUGACUCUGGAAGACGGCUUCUGAAAUUCUGUUUGGUAUAAAGACUCUUCAGCUACAGCACCACGGCCACACCGAGCUCUGACCAGAUGGAGGUGAAUGCGGUUAAAAAACGCCAUCGUACACGAUCCAAAGGAGUCAGAGCUGCCGUGGAAGCAGUAACACAGGAGUUAUUCAGCUGUCCCACUCCAGGCUGUGAUGGCAGCGGUCACGUCAGUGGGAAGUACGCCAGACACCGCAGUGUCUACGGCUGCCCGCUGGCCAAGAAGAGGAAGGCUCUGGAAAAACAACCACUGGAGCCGGCUGCCAAGAGGAGGCCCUUCCUCACCUCCUGCACAGGCGAGGAGGAGGAGGAGGAAGAGGACCCCAGCGCCUACACCACCUACGAGAAUGAAGCCAUGGAAGUGGGGGAGGAAGGGAAGGAGCAGGGGGAGAUAGUGGAGGAGGAAGAGGAAGAAGAGGAGGGGGAGAGAGAAGGAGACGAAGACGGUGAUGUGGAGGACGAGUUCUCGGAGGACAACGAGGAGCAGGGAGAAGAGGAGGAGGAAGAGGAGGAGGAGGAGGAAGAAGAAGAGGAGGAGGUAGAGGUGGAGAGAGCAGAUACAACAAUGGGAGGAGUGCGGGCGGAGGAGGAGGAGGACGAGGAGGAGGAAGGGAUGUAUGAGGAGGAGGAAGAAGUGGAGGAUGGUGAUGAUGAGGAGGAGCAGGAGGAUGAAGGAGAGGACGACGAGCAAGAAGAGGAGGAGGAAGAGGAGGAGCAGAAUCGUCAGCAUGUAGAGAACCACUACAAACCCAGUGGACAAUCAAAGCUCAUUCCAAUUCAGAAGGACGACAACAAUAACAACAGCUGCACCAUCAGUGCCGGUAACGGCACCGGAGAGGAGUACGAGAACUACGACGAGCUUGUUGCCAAGUCGCUCCUCAACCUAGGGAAGAUCGCAGAAGACGCCGCUUACCAGGCCAUGACCGAGUCUGAGAUGAACAGCAACUCUUCCAACAGCGCCGGAGAAGAUGACGAUGAUGAGGAGUAUGAUGGCAGCAAUCAUGGCGACCGGAAGGGCGAACUCAGCGUGGACCUGGACAGCGAUGUAGUCAGGGAGACAGUGGAUUCUCUGAAGCUCCUGGCGCAGGGACAUGGUGCCAUGCUGCCUGAGGACGGCUACCCAGAAGGCGCUAUGGUGGACGAUGUUGGCCACGCUAACGGGCGGCCUGGUUUGGGGCCUAGAGGUCAGGCGGAGGAGAGCGAGGAGGAGGUGUGUCUCAGCAGUCUGGAGUGUCUGAGGAACCAAUGCUUCGAUCUGGCUCGGAAACUGAGCGAGACACAGACAUGUGAUCGACCCGUCCACCACGUCCUCCAUCACCAACUCCAAAUCCCAACAGACCAUCAGGUGCAUCACCUGAACAGGUAUGACAGCUGCCAGCAGGGCGACCAGGACGAGAACAGGUCUCUGGAACGCAACUACUCCGACAUGGUGAACCUGAUGAAGCUAGAGGAGCAGCUGAGCCCAGGGUCCAGAGGUUAUCCAACCAGCUGCAGUCAGGAGGGCGAUGAGGACACCACAUCUGUGGCCUCCGAUCGCUCGGACGAGACCUUUGACAUGGCCAAAGGAAACCUGUCGCUGCUGGAGAAGGCCAUCGCCUUGGAAUCAGAGAGGGCGAAGGUCAUGAGGGACCGUAUGGCCUCAGAGCACUCGUUGCCCCGUCGGGAUCACCAUCAUCAUCGAGGUCACGGCGAGCAUAGCUCAAGGCUGAGCUGCGCCGGCGAGGAGCGCAAGUCCAGGAUGCACCACGACGGGUUGAAGAGGGCGUACUACCCUAAAGACUCUUCCAGGGGGGAGAAGAAGGAGAGCAAGUGUCCGACGCCGGGCUGUGACGGGACUGGACAUGUGACGGGUCUGUACCCACACCACCGCAGCCUGUCUGGGUGUCCUCACAAAGACAGAGUCCCGCCUGAAAUCCUUGCCAUGUAUGAGAAUGUUUUAAAGUGCCCCACUCCUGGCUGCUCUGGACGGGGUCAUGUCAAUAGCAACAGGAACUCGCAUCGCAGUCUGUCCGGCUGUCCCAUUGCUGCCGCAGAGAAGAUGGCGAAGGUCCACGAGAAGAGCCUCCCGACUGACAGCGGCAGUAAGACCAAUCAGACGUCAGACCGUGUCCUCAGGCCGAUGUGUUUCGUCAAGCAGCUGGAGAUUCCUCAGUAUGGCUACAAAAAUAACGUUCCAACCAGCACGCCGCGAUCCAAUCUGGCCAAGGAGCUGGAAAAAUACUCCAAGACCAGCUACGACUACGGUGGCUACGACAGUCAGCAUGGCAGCUAUGGAAAGAGAGGCCCGUCAACCAAAUCCCACCACGGGCGAGACACCUCCCCAAAGGGAUACGAUGCCAAACGCUACUGUAAGACGUCAAGCCCAGCCAGCAGUACGACCAGCAGCUACGCUCCCAGCAGCAGCAGCAGCCUAAGCUGUGGAGGAGGAGGAGGUGGUGGCGGAGGAGGAGGUGGUGGAGGAGGAGGAGGAGGAAGCAGCGCCAGCAGCACCUGCAGUAAGAGCAGCUUCGACUACACCCACGACAUGGAGGCGGCCCACAUGGCGGCCACGGCCAUCCUCAACCUGUCGACAAGGUGCAGGGAGCUCCCGCACGCUCUGGGAGGGAAACCCCAGGACCUGCUGACACAGAUCUCAGCAGUCAACUUGAGCCCUGUUGGCGACAUGGACGACAGCGGUGCUGUGGAUGUUGCGGGACAGCCCGGCGGUCCAGAGGGCAGCGGGACGGUGUUAACCCCCCUGCAGCCGAUGUCGCCCCAGCGGCAGGCUCUUCUCAGCAGUCGCUGCUACCAGCUGAGCGACACCGACUGCUGGGACCUGCCAGUCGACUACACCAAGAUCAAACGGCUGGGGGAUGAGCAGGACCACAAAGAGUCUGCUUAUUUCUCGUCUCUACACCAGAGCGACGAGCUGGAUCCCUUCCAGGAGCUGCUGGACGAGCAGCGCUACCCUGCUGAGGUCACUAUGCCCAGCCCCAAACACCACAAGUACCCGCCCUGCAAGGAGAGCAAGAAGGAGCUCAUCACGUUGUCAAGCUGCCAGCUGGCCGACAAGAACAUCCGCGGAAUGAUGACGACCAACUCCCAAGAACUCAGGUGUCCGACCCCCGGCUGCGAUGGAUCCGGACACAUCACAGGAAACUACGCCUCCCACAGGAGUCUGUCAGGUUGUCCACGAGCCAAGAAGAGCGGCAUCAAAAUCCUGCACAGCAAAGAAGACAAGGACGACCAAGAGCCAAUCAAGUGUCCGGUGCCGGGCUGUGAUGGACAGGGUCAUGUGACGGGGAAGUACGCCUCCCACCGCAGUGCGUCAGGCUGCCCCUUGGCAGCAAAGAGGCAGAAGGACAGCUACGUCAACGGCUCGCAGUUUGUCUGGAAAUCUGGCAAGACGGAUGGCAUGAGCUGCCCGACCCCAGGCUGCGAUGGCUCUGGACACGUCAGCGGGAGCUUCCUGACCCACCGGAGUCUCUCCGGCUGUCCCCGUGCCACCUCGGCCAUGAAGAAGGCCAGAAUGAGCGGCGUGGAGAUGCUGACAAUCAAGCAAAGAGCAAGCAAAGGGAUCGAAAAUGAUGAAGAAAUCAAACAGCUGGAUGAAGAAAUCAAAGAUCUAAACGAGUCCAACAAUCAAGUGGAGUCCGACAUGAUAAAACUGAGGACACAAAUCACUACUAUGGAGACCAACCUGAAGUCCAUCGAGGAGGAGAACAAGGUGAUCGAGCAGCAGAAUGACUCCCUGCUGCAUGAGCUGGCCAACCUCAGCCAGUCGCUCAUCAACAGCUUAGCUAACAUCCAGCUUCCACACAUGAGACCGCUGCCACAGAAAGAGGCCCCAGUAAAGCAUAACUGCUGUUUACAGAUGCCUCCCAGAGAGCCAAUGAAUGAACAGAACUUUGACACUUAUGUGAGUACAUUGACAGACAUGUACACUCACCAGGACCAGUACCAGAGCCCAGAGAACAAGGCGCUGCUGGAAAACAUCAAACAGGCCGUUCAGGGUAUCCAAGUCUAGCCCUGACUGAGGCCAAAAUAACAAAUGCAAAGCAAAAACAACAACAACAACAAAAAAAUCAAAAAGAGGGGAAUGGGUUGUUUUUUGCUGCUGUAAUCUACCAUAGUUCUUUUAUUUCUUCUGCUGUUAUGCUCUCAACUCCAUGGGUAUCUCUUUUUUUUUUAUUAUUUUGAUUGUCGUUGCCUUGCUUUGAAAAACAAUUACCGAUGUUUUAAACAAACAUUCACGUUUUGUACAUUUUCAUAUGACCUAAUAUAAUGUGACGUACUGUUUAUAGCUGCUAAUGUAUGCACAUUCUAGUGUAUAUGUAUGUAUUUAUUUAUUGUAAGCUUGAAUCAUUUCUUAUUUUAACGCGAUACAUCAAAAAAAACAGGGCGUCACGGGUUUAACGGGGAGCAGAGCGGGGAACUCGAAGAGCAAUCAUUUUUGAAAGGCUUUUCCUAACGAGCUGCAAAGCUUGAGGUUGUUUAAUGGAUGUAAUUCAUUCAUUUUUGUAAUCUUUGGAAAGUGGACUCUGAUAUUAAUGUAAAUCUUUAGCUAAAAUUACGAGAAGAACCAAUGCUAUAAGCACGAAGAUUUCAAACAUCAUGACACGGAAACUUACUGGUGCAAAUCCCAUCAUCCCCUUCGGAGUUGUUUCGUUUCAAACUGUCACUGUUGUGUUGCUUUUCUUUGUUCGUGUGGAGAACGAAGCAGAAAGACCAAUGGCUACAGAAAAUGUAGGAGACAAUCUGCCAUUAUGAAUUUCUUUUAAUCAUCAACCUUGACUAGCUAAUAGGACAACUUGUCAGCAAUAUUGGUGUGAUAAUAUUAAAUCAUUUGUUUAGAUAUGGGAUGCAAUCUAUAUGAAAAAAUGUUUGGGUAUAUGCAAUUUCUUAUGAAUAAAACUAGCAAAGAGCUGAUAGAUCUUUUUACUAACUAUAAAUGUAUUGCGUUUUGUAUAAACCUUUUACUACAAUCAUGUUUUAGGAAUCUGACGCGGGUGAAAGGACUUUGGUUCUGUCAUGUUCGACUUUGCACAGGGACACCUUUGUUUCCAUGUUUUGAUGUUUUUAUUGUCAAUUAAGAGGCACUCGGCAGGCGAAGGGAUUUGUAGAUAUGAUUUUUCUUUCUAAAGGCUGACGGCUCCACUGGACUUACAGGGUCAAACGUCCCCAUCCGUCAUUGUAUAUUGCACUCGUUCUGUAGAAAACGUCUUUCCAAUCAUGUAUCUUAUUGUGUGAGACACAAUGGGACAUGAUGCCAGACAACAUGAUGACCAAGCAGCACUUUUUUAUUAUCUUUGAUUGUUAUUGAAAAGAAGAAUAAAAACUAGAGCCAGCAGUUGUGACGCCACGUCUGCGCACUGAAUUUACCGACUGAGUAUUUGAUCUAAAUCGGCCUUACGAUGACAUUCAGUCUGCAAUCACAGUACUGAUGGAAAAUGUUUUCUGAACACCGUCGAUCAUGCAUGCACUUUAUUGGAGUAUGUCAAAGUAUUAUCACGUGGUAAAUGAAGCAAAAACUGUACAGCGAGUUUGUGGAAACUGUGACUUCGACAAGACUUUGUGCUGGUGAUUCCUGUUUGAAAGCAACCUGGAACAAAUUUCACCGAUUUGAUUUGUUACCUAAAGGAAAACUCCCCCUCUGGUCCCCUUAGAUUUUUAACCUUUAUAUAUUUUUUUUAACAUCAAAUCCAUUUUAAAAGAAAGCCAAAAACAGCGUGCUGAACCAGACUGAUAAGCUUCUGUCUGAUAUGUUACCUUGUGAAGGUUUUUCUUAGGCAUCAGAAAUACUCUGUUUUUAACCUCCUAAAGUAUAAUGUUGCGAAUUAAAAUUUGAAAACAUAAAUGCAUUGUUGCAUUUGUUAUCACAAGACCUGUCUCUCUUUGUACAACCUGUCAAUAGAGUCGAGAAAUGUGAGGAGUUUUUCUGGCGUCAAGCUUUUGUGAAAGUAAAUUGUUCCUGUUAUAGGAGUGUCCGCCCAUUGGUGCGCUUCAAAACUUGGUUGGACAUGAAACACCUUGUUGAAUUAUCAGAGCAAAAGAUAACUAUUUUGGAAAAUAUUGUAGUGAAAGGCCCAAGCAUGUGUACAUAAAAGUUGAAGGGGAGAAGUUAAAUGCAACUUCCAAGGUGUAUUUCAGGACACCACAUCCACAGAGCUUAAAAUUUUCCUACAGCAGGGUUUAAUGUUAAUGACUUACCUGGUUGUGUAAGUUGGUCAGAAAUCUACUUGCCUGAAGUAAAUUUUUACCUGCCCCUAUACAAAUUGUUUUAUUUAUAAGUGGUUAUGGAAUAAAAACAAAGUUAAUUGUCAUAAAAUUGGCCCAGUUUUGUCAGCCUUGAUCUCAAACUUAUGGAAAACUGCGCAUAACAUACAGAGUUUCGCCCACAACCUCCAGUGCCACUCAACUAAACUCCUGUUCCCUUGACAAUUGAAAUGCUUGCUUACGCUUCAGCUCACAAGCUUUGUCUUUACCCUCCUCCAUUUUUUUUUUUGCGAGUGUACAAUCGGUAGUGCGCAUGUGCAACAUGAGAUGAGGGACGAAGAAGAUGGCUCACUCCUUAGCUACUUCUAUCAUCAGCUUCGGAAAAACAAUGUGUUUAAUACUUGCCUGAGUUGCAUGAGUUGCUCGAUUUACUAGCCCAUUGUGGCAUUUUACCUGCCUCGGUCCAUUAGGCAAUCCUUAUUGCUGAGCCCUGUACAUGUGCCAAAGUAUUUAGAUCUAUGCGCCACUCCAAACUGACAGUUGAAAAAGGCUUGAUUUCUCAAGCACUACAAAUCUUCAGUCUGGUUCAGUGUAACACUUUAACCUGUCUCUCCUAUUUCCUGUUCAGUUUGUGUUUUCCUACAUUACCCAGAAUGCUUUUCAACAGAGAAAGGGAUCAAACUUUGUUGCUUUCAUUUAAAUAAUACGUAUGAUUAAUUUAUGACCCUUUAAAUUGAAGUAGCCACCCCAAACUUUCCAAAUAUAUGAAUGUGGUUAAAACAAUAUAAAAUAUUUUUUUGCUAAGAUGGAAUGAAAACAUGCCAACUUGGGUUUGAAUAACAUAUUUUCACUGUGUAAGCAUCAUGUGACUCUAAUCCGGGGGAAAUAUUUUCUAAUGUAAAGACAUUUAAGAGGAAAAUCAAGAGAUAACCAUCAUAAUUUGAUUUGUGACUCCAAGGGACUGACCCCUAAAACACCCAUUUUCAUAUUUUUAGAUGACUGAAACAUUCUCUGCUAUCAGUCCAGUUUCCCCACAGGGAGAAAAAUAUCCACCAAACAGGGGGAGUUUUCCUUUAAAGAUGCUCCUUCUUUGGACUUUUACUGCAGAGCCUCAUUCCCUGACUUUACAUCUCUGUCCAAAGCUUCGUGUCUGCAGCUUCCUGCCAGUAAACUACUGCAUUAGAUAGACUGACAGCUUGUAUUUUUUAUUUAGUCAGUUAUUCUUAUUGAUAACAAAGGAAAUGGGAGUUAAAGCACAAUUCUGCCACUUAAAGACAGUCAAUAGACUAGAUAUUGUAAUAUCAGAUGUAAAAGCUAAACUGUAACUAUUUACAUAGAGAAUCUCAACACUAACAUGUGACAUGCUAGAAUGCAAAAGAAAUCCAUAUGAAUAUUUGUGAAAUCAUCAGUUUAUGAAAAUGUUACAGUUUCUUUUCAGCAGUGCAUCGAUAAGGGGUUUUUAUACAACAUUCAUUUUCUCUCCUCUUACCCCUUUUUCUGUGUUACUUGCAAACUUUCAACAAAAGUUUUCUUACCACAUGGCAUGGGUUUUGUUGAUAUUUUUGCUGUAUGUUUAAGGUCACGAGAUACGCUACGUGAUAUUUUAAUUUGACUUGUGAAGUUUGUACAAUUUUUAUCAUGCUGGUGUUGGCAUCUCUUGCUCUGAAUAAAUCUUGUGUUGCAACACUGAU